AUGGACGCUCUGUCGCAUGGCAGUGCGCAUAGCGUAGAAGCGCAGGACGGAGAUGGGAAUAUUACAAUGACAUGGUCGAGUGAUCCCGAGCGCAACGUCUUUUUUAGAAAUACAGCGCCGGAGCAUGCAGAAGCGUCGUCUGUGCCACAGGACGAUGCAUGGGACGAUGAUAUUCAGCUGGAUACCCCGUUUGUGACAUCAUCGAUGGCAUGGCAGUCUGUACCCUCGCGAAACGUGCAUACAGCACCAAUUUCACUUUCAACUGCGCAGAGACGAAAGAUUUUGUUGCGCACUGCUGUGCAAUUCGCCGUGCUGUUUGUCGGCGGGACGAUUGUUCUUUCGCUAGCGCUGUGGCUCGCGCUGCCAGAGCUGGAUAACGGCGACCGCGAAGCGCUACGUAUACCGCGUUCUUUUGAGCAGCUGCAUACAUUAAACAAAGUCCUGAAACGAUACAACGAAGAGCACUAUACGCGCGUCAUGCUUGUGUUUGUUUGCCUCUACCUAUUCCUGCAGACAUUUUCCGUACCGGGCUCUAUGUACAUGAGCAUUCUCGGCGGAGCCAUGUGGGGAAUUCCCGUGGCACUGCCGCUCGUGUGCAUUUGUAUCGCAUCGGGGUCGACGAUGUGCUAUGCAUUGAGCCGAUGUGCGGGCCAAUGCAUCGAGGCAAUGCCGUCCUGGCAGCAGCGUGUCGACUACUGGAAGAUGGUGAUCAAGCAGUAUGAAUCCAACAUCAUUGUAUACCUUGCCGUGCUCCGCAUGAUGCCUGUGCCGCCUGACUUUAUGAUCAACUUGAUUGCGCCGCAUCUUGGAAUUGGGGUGUACGCGUUCUGGACUUCGACAUUCCUGGGCGUCAUUUCCACCUCACUCAUGCACACGGCAAUUGGAGAAGAGCUGAACGAGAUGACGGCCGUGGACGGUUUCCAUUUUUUUACGUGGAAAAAUGUCACCAUCUUUGUCUUUGUCAUUGUGGCAAUGGUCGUUCCAAUCUUGGUAAAACGCAGGUUCCAGGCGCCAGAGGUGCUAGAAGAGACCCACGCAGGGCCGAUUCACUUGGCAGAGGAGUCUUCGCCACGCAUAAUAGAGCUUCGACGGCGAGGACGCGCGUUGUUUUAUUCCUUCUUGGGGCUUGUGCAUCCAUCGUCGCGGCGGCGUGCGGCCAUGGCUGAUGCGCAGCCGUUAUCGAUGCAGCGCGACAUAGAGUACGAGCUUGAGGACGAUGCUGGGCCUGCGUGGCAGUACGACAACGAGGAAGAGGGCGCUGCAGAUGCAGCACGACACGAUACAUUCGGUCCAUAG